GAGGUUUCUUCUUUGUCCCGCAUCCAACGGUCUUCCCUUUCUCUGUUUGCGCGCCAUGGUGAUCCAUCUCCUUUUCGCUCUCCUCCUCAUUGUUCUGAUUUCCUUCGUUUACAUCGACUCCAGAAGGCCGCCGAAUUUUCCGCCAGGACCAAAAUGGCUCCCGGUGAUCGGCAACUUAUACGCCGUCCAGAAGCGGUUGACAAAGAUGAAAUUUCUCCAUCUGGUAUUCACGGAAUUGGCAGAGAAAUACGGACCCGUGGUUGGACUUCGUUUGGGCCUGUUUCGAGUCAUCAUCGUUUCCGAUUAUGACAGCAUUCGUCAGGUCCUCACCAAAGAUGAGUUUGUGGGCCGCCCUCAAGGGUUCAUUUUUCGCUUGAGGUCCUUCGGGAAAAGGCAUGGUUUAGUCUUCACAGACGGACCUGUUUGGAUGGAGCAAAGGCGGUUCUGCUUGAAGUACUUGCGAGAAACAGGGAUGGGGAAACCGAGAAUGGACCAUCUCAUCGGCAUUGAAGCAGCGGAGGUUGUCCAAGCUCUCCGCAUCAAAAUGCAGACGCACGGCUUCGUAAGUGUGCGAAAUUUCUUCGACGUGGCCGUUCUGAACGUGCUGUGGACGAUGGUGGCCGGACAGAGAUUCCAUAUCGAGGAUCAAAGACUCUCAAAGCUUCUCAAUUUACUCCACCAACUCUUCAGGCUUGUUGACACUUCGGGAGGAGUCCUGAAUCAGCUGCCCAUGCUCAGGCACGUUGCGCCUGAAAAAAGCGGGUAUAGGCAAUUUAAGAGCAUUCUCGACCAGAUUCACGCUUUCCUGAAGGAAUCUGUGGACGAACACCGAGAGAAUUUUUCGUCUAAUUUGUACGAGGCGAACGACUUAAUGAGUGCUUACAUCCGUCAAAUAGAGAGCAAUAACGAAACUUCUAAGUCUACUGCCAACCCUUCAGAGUUUUCAGAGGAACAACUACUGGUGAUUCUUUUGGAUCUGUUCAUGGCUGGUUCCGAAACGACGAGCACAACACUCGACUUCAUCAUCCUCUACUUGGUUCGAUUCCCGGAGUGCCAAAAAAAGGCGCACGAUCAGUUGUUCUCAGUCACGGGCUUCAACCGAGAACCAACCCUUAAAGACAGACCGAGCCUAUGUUACAUUGAUGCUUUUAUUUCUGAGGUACAGAGACAUGGAAAUAACGUCCCUCUGGGAGUUUCUCAUAGAGCCGUUGAAGAUACCAAUUUGAACGGUUUUACGAUUCCUAAGGAUAGCGUCGUUUUCACUAACCUCUACCGCAUGAACAUGGACAAACAUUUUUGGGGAGACCCCCACGAAUUUAGACCGGAGAGAUUUCUAAAUUCAAGCGAGCAACUUUCCAAUCACGAGCGAUUCAUGCCUUUCGGCCUGGGUCCUCGAAGAUGCUUGGGAGAAUCCCUCGCCAGGGGUACUCUUUUCGUAUUUGUGGCUUCUAUAUUAAAUAACUUCACAAUCACGUUACCAUCUGAGAAGGAACCACCGACCCUGAUAGGUGUUGAUGGAAUCACAUUGACGAUACAACCUUUUGAAGCAUGUUUCACCCCACACCAUUGAUGAUACAAUUUAGUUUAGAUGAAGAUCUCAAAAAAGUGUAGAAAUUGUAAA